AUGGGUGAUGCUUCGAUUCCAGUGAGCGCCAACAUGACAGCGGCAGGGUAUGCCGCAAGCAUUCUUUCCCAGUUAACUCUGGAGGAAAAGGUAAAGCUCCUGGCUGGUGCUGAUAUGUGGCGCACCAAUGCAAUUCCCCGCGUUGGUAUACCACAGAUGAAGACGUCGGACGGGCCAGUUGGUGUACGUGGUGGGCAGUUCACCGACGGAGUGACUGCAGCAUCAUUACCAUCAGGAGUCUCAUUAGCAAGCACAUGGGACCCCACGCUAAUUGAUGAGAUGAGCACGAUUCUCAUUACUGAGUGCCGCAGCAAGAGCAUUGACGUCCUGCUUGGACCCACCGUGUGUACUCCGAGAACUCCCCUUGGCGGUCGAAAUUUCGAAGCAUACAGUGAGGACCCCUUUCUAAGCGGCAAGCUAGCAGCGCGAUACAUCAAGAAGAUUCAAGAAGCGGGGAUUGCAACAUGCAUCAAGCACUUUGCAGCAAACGACCAGGAGCACCGUCGAUUCUUCGUUGAUGCGACAAUCUCCGAGCGCGCGCUUCGCGAAAUCCAUACUCAGCCUUUUGAGAUUGCCGUUCGGGAGAGUAACCCCUGGUCGAUGAUGACAGCGUAUAACAAGGUCAAUGGAUCGUAUGCUUCGGCUAACAAGCAUCUUCUGCGCGAUAUUCUGAGAGAGGAGUGGAGAUGGGAUGGUGUUGCGAUGAGUGACUGGUUUGGAACAAAUACUGUUGUUCCUUCGGUAGAAUAUGGGUAA